AUUACAAAUGCCAAGCAAAGUGUCCACUUCACAUAAACAAACGAUUGAGAAGAAAUAUGAAUACACCUCAUUAGGAACAACUAAAAGAAUUGCCAGUGAAAAAGUUCAAAAUGGGAUCUCAAAAUGUUAUACGCAUAUUUUAAGACUCAUGGAGGAUCAUGAAGCUUAUUCCAGCAAAUUACAGGCAGAGAAACAAAAUGAAAUAAAGCUCAAUGCUAAAAUUGAGGAUCUAAGAAGAGUAAUCCCAAUCUUCGAAUCCAGCUAUUUCACAACCUGUCGUCUCCAGCACCUUACCAAAAGCGAUGGGGAGACUCUCUCUGACUCAUGACAAGAAGAGCUUGCUCCAUUACUUAAAUUCGAUUGCGACAUAUUCCUCUCUCAAAGGAACAUUCAUGUGAAGGCGAUUAAGAACUCUGAGGAGGAGAUACUAACCUUGCAGUCGAAGCAGAGGGUACUCCAGUCAAAUCUGACUCGUAUUGGUGAGGACAUUUGCUACUUCAAGUCCAUGUACCAACACUAUAAUUCUUUGAAGAAUGAUCUUGAAAUGGGCUGGAUUUCAGGCGACAAGGUUAUUUCUCUGAUUGAUCAUAAGGAAAAUGAGGACUUUUGUUCUUAGGCAAAGUAGAAUGAAGUCGAAAGGAUGACUAAUGAUAGGAAUGAGGUCUUGAAGUGAGAGUUUUGAGAGGCUUUUUACUGAUUUUCAGAGAUAUUCUUACUAAUAAUGUGCAAACAAUGGAAGGGUUAUAUU